UUUUCAGCUCAAUUGCUGAGCGGUUUGUAUUAGAGCACCAAGACCGCGGAGCUACGGCCCCAAGCAUCCUUUAAAAUACCAAGUUCAUAGGCACUGACUUCGUUCGAUUCGAAUCGUGUGAUGAGCCUACAUUUGAUGGGGAAUGGGUUAUAUUUCACAGCGAUUUCACUAACGAGUGGUCGUGUUCCAAGUGCUACUGGGAAACAGAAUCUCCGGCAACUUGGCAUCUACGUGGUGGGAUCGUUGUAAACUGUGCACUCUUCCACACUCCUCUCACUUGGUUUUCUGGUGCCCAACUCCCAUAAUGUGGACCAGUUUUUUCUUGGAAGCUGAUGUGAAAGUUGAGUGAGGAGGGGUAGCCGACACAGUUUUACCCGCUUUUGCAACAACGUGCUGGUACGAGAAGGUUUGAAACACAAAACGUGAAGAUUGGGGUUCGCCAAAGCUGCGUGAGUGACUUUGGAACUUCGACGAACAGUGCCGUUGGUCAUCCUCCAUGGCGAUAGCGACACGGAUUAGUUGCAGUUCUAGAGGUUCAACUCCGGCGACAUGGUCCUUGUGUGUGCUAAUUGCAAUCUUAUCACUUGCUCUUCCUAUCUACGGCCAAGGGCGUGGGCAAGGCGGAGGUUGUGGAGCGGACUUAAGCACUAAAGUUUCACAGUUUGAGACGACAAGCCUGGUUUGCGAAUCUUUUCGACUCCAGGGACCGAUUGAUUUUAACAUAUGGGCCUUGAAAGAUAAUGUGACCCUAGUCACAACCAUGGUUCUGGCAGCGCCUUUGUCAGCUGGGAACUGGAUUGGGUUUGGAUUUUCGCCGAACGGUCAAAUGGUAGGCUCCACUGCAUUGAUAACAACAUUGAACUUCUCCAAGGGAGCCGUCGUCACUGAGUAUAGUCUCAACGGCAGGAGUACAGGCCAAGUGGUGAAGAAAACUGGGGCACUGGCCUUUGUUGGAGGUUUUCCUGAAGGAGUUUUCGAUGCAGCUAGUAACAUGGUGUAUGUCUCCUUCCAAGUGAAUUUGACAAAAUCAGCGGCAAAGACUGAUUCCCUGCUUCUUGCAUACGGGUCCCUGGCGUUAGACGGCUCAAUCAACAGACACACUGAUCGAAGGUCCAUUAGUGCGCAGAUUGCAACAGGUGUUGGCCCUAAAGGAAAUGGCGCAGCCGCACUUGAUAAAAAGGCUAAAGUCCAUGGUUCACUUCAGAUACUAGGGUGGGGAUUGAUCUUGCCAAUUGGAAUCCUAAUAGCUCGCUACGCGCGUGCCUGGGAUCCAGCAUGGUUCUAUCUUCAUGCUACAUUCCAACUCGUUGGUUUCGUUUGCAUAAUUGCUGGAGUGGUUCUCGGUAUUCAGUUGGCGAAGGAUUUGCAACCACCGCGUCUAGCAACACACCGAGGACUCGGGUUGUUCGUUUUCGCCCUGGCGAUUCUGCAGGUUCUUGCGGUGUUCUGGCGCCCGAAAAAGGAAACAAAGGUGCGCAUGUACUGGAACUGGUAUCAUCAUCUUGUGGGUAGCUUGGCGAUCUUCUUAGCCAUCGUUAACAUCUUCGUGGGUCUCAACAUGGCGCAUUCCGAACAAUCCUUCAGAGUUGGAACUGUCACCCUCCUCGCCAUCUUGGUAGCAGCGUUCAUCAUCUUGGAAAUCGUUCAAUGUUGGCGGUUGAGUAGGCAACGCCGAACCCAGCAAAUAUCAAACGAUCAACAAGGUUUCCAGUUCGGUGGAAGUGUAUGAAAUCUUGCAUUCAAAGGGACCUCAUUUAGGAUUAAGAUUCUUCGCCACUCUGGUCUAAUAUUUUGCGUAGUCGCCCAUGAGUCCACAAGCUGAGGUUCAUCCGUGACCCAGUAAGCGUUUGCAAAGCAUGAAGUGCUCGGUGAAUUUAAGCCAGAUCUUCGUGCACAGACUGCUUGGAUUCACCAGACUGUUGCUGAAUCUCUGAACUACGCAACCUUUUUGAAGGUUCUUACCCAUAGACGAUUCCAGAGGUGAUUUCUAUGAAUGAGUUGCUAGUACUUUUGUGGCACUACGACAAAAAAAGAAAACAUCUACAAAAGCACGACGAGGUGGUGCAUUGACAGAGAAACACCCUCUUCCUCUUCAAGCUUUUCAUCAGAUGGGGUUGCUUCCACAAGCUAUGCUCGAAGCCCACUACUCAGUCUGCAAAACUGCAUGCUUUGGUUAAUGUUGCUCGCUGUGAACACACAUGUUUGAGGAUCUGCAACGACGGCCAAGUUUGAUGAGGAAAGUCUCGUACUAUACUGCCAUAAUAAUAAGCUCUUCUUCCUAUUUUCAGUAUUUCAUGCACUGCCGUUGGUUUGCACUGGCAAUGUAUACUAUUCGGUACUGUAAAAAAAAUUUACAUAUUUUUAUUAUAUUGUUAUGUGUUAUAAGAUUGAAGGUU